AUGAGUGUAGGUGUCACCAGGGAUACUGACUUCGGAACAACGAUCUUUGAACUUCAGUACGAGGUCGAUGAUCCCGAUAUUGGUAACAACUCAGUCCAUGCAUUCCAACAAAUUGGGGCAAUCCGUAUCAGUGAGAGUCUCCGAUCGAUGAUGACCCGUGACCCCGUCUCAAACAGAACUCGGCAGCCCUUCAUCGUUAGCAGCAACGGAUCAGUCAUAACCAACAUGUUCUUCCAACCGAACAUGCAUGGAUCAUUCGUGCUGCCUAUUCUCGUAACAGACGGAGUACACAGUUCUGACACUGCUAACUUAACUAUAAAUUUUGUCAGUGAUAGCCAGAGAUUAAAAGUCAUCUUUCGGAGACCUCCGUUAGAAGUACAAAAAAUUAAAGAAAAAUUUCUAGAGCGAUUGCAAAACAUAACUGGCCUAAAUAUAAUCAUCGAUCGAAUAAAAACACAUCAGGAUUCCGAAGGAAAUCCCGAAGUGAAAACGACCGAUAUGUUUAUUCAUGGUCUCAAGAUGAAUUCAAAUCAAGUUCUUGAAGCCAGAGAAUUAUUAAGAAACCAAUUUCCCAGCGAUGUCUUUCGUUUUAUGCAUUCAUCAACAGAUCAUUCACUCUCUGGUGACCUCGUAGCAAGCGUCAAUGCCUGUCAACUUCUUUCUUUCACAUUCCGAAAGAGUCUGUUACUGUUUCUAUAUUCCCGAAUGGAAGAUCCACGUCUUACUGUUCCUGAUAUCUUUGUAAAUAUUCAUUUUCUUAGAAUCCUUCUGCGCAGUAUUUCCAUUGUCUGA